GUUAGCACAGAAAACAGGACCAUUCAGCAAAGUCCAUCCUGGGGAAAAUCCAGAGACCAGAUCUGGCCCUGGGCUCUCCCCGCUGAGUCCCAAAACAAGAGACUGACCCGCUUUCAGCCCCCCAUCCUCAGUGACGUCCGGCUGCCCCUGCUCCGUGCUUUCUCACUUUCCCAGGAAAACAGGUCACCUGGCCUCUGCCUCUCUCUUUGUUCUCCAACAUCUGGGGCUGGCUCCUUGCAGAGGACAGACUCAAGCCAUUGCUGGCCAGAAUAGAGAAUGUUUGGCCAUCUCUGUGCCCAGGAAGCCACUCUGCAGUGACACCUGCCCUCUAGAGGUCUCCGCAAUGAUCACACACCUGUAUCCCACCGGUUCAAUACUUGAGUAACACAUGGGGAAACUGAGGCACACACACAGUAUUCACAGAAAACAUUAAGAACAUUCCCGCUUCAUCACACCCCUCUGAGACCAGCUCAAGGGCACGUUCUCCAAUUACUGGAACCACUCUAACCAUACCAGCCCCUGAGCCUGAGCCUCCAGGCUAAGGAAUCGUCCACGUUUCGCUCCAGAUCGUCCCGUCUUCCAGGAGACAGGGAAGGGAAAUGGCUGUGAUGGAGACAGUUCAGGGGCUGGUGACCUUCGAGGAGGUGGCGGUGUAUUUCACUCAGGGGCAGGGGGCUCUGCUGGACCCCGCUCAGAGAGCCCUCUACAGGGACGUCAUGCAGGAGAACUACGAGACGGUGACCUCGCUGGGAUUCCCCCUUCCCAAACCUGACCUGAUCAGCCGGCUGGAACGAGGAGAAGAGCCGUGGGUGCCCGAUCUCCAGGCCUGCGAGGAAAGAGAGAUCCAAAGAGGUGCCCACACAGGCACAAUGACGCCUCUCUGGAUUGUCUCUCUCCCAGCAGGUGAGGAGACAGUGAGUGAGAAAAAGGAGGGGAAUCAACAGCAGGAAGUUCCUGGGCAUGGGGAAUCACAGGGGACCUUUGAGGGAAGAGCUGAAGAGAAUUUUUCCCAGGGCUUGGAACAGGGACAAGCCUGGGGAAAUUGGCAGAGUUCAGAGAGGCUGCUGAGAAACCACUCAAGGGAGCAGAUGGAUGAAUCUAUUAUCUGUGGGGAAGGAUACUGGGAUCCCACAGCCCAUCACACAACCCCUAAGGAAGACAAACGCUAUGAAUGCCUCGGUUAUGGAAAAGGAUUCGUUCUGAGACCACAGUUUGUUUCACCUCAGACAAUUCAUACUGGAGAGAAAUCACUUCAAUGCUUGGACCAUGGGAGAAGCCACACAGGACAGAAACCCUAUCAAUACCUUAAGGGCAGGAACUCUUUGAAUUGGAAGUCAGCACUGACUACAUAUCAGAUAAGCCACAUAGGAGAGAGACCCCAUAAGUGCUUAGACUGUGGGAAAAGUUUUAUAUGGAAGUCAGACGUUGUCAGACAUCAGGCUAUCCACACAGGAGAGAGACCCCAUAAGUGCUUAGACUGUGGAAAAAGUUUUGUACAGAGGUCAACCCUACUUAACCAUCAGGCAGUCCACACAGGAGAGAGACCCCAUAAGUGCUUGGACUGUGGGAAAAGUUUCACACACAGAUCAAAUCUUAAACAACAUCAGUGGAUCCACACAGGAGAGAGACCCCAUAAGUGCUUACACUGUGGUAAAAGUUUUGUACAUAGGUCAGACCUUGUUAAACAUCAGGCUAUUCACACUGGAGAGAGACCUCAUAAGUGCUUGGACUGUGGGAAAAGUUUUAUACGGAGGUCGGCCCUUGUCAAACAUCAGACAGUCCACACUGGAGAGAGACCCCAUAAGUGUUUAGACUGUGGGAAAAGUUUUAUAUGGAAGUCAGGCCUUGCUAAUCAUCAGGCAAUCCACACAGGAGAGAGACCCCAUAAGUGCUUAGACUGUGGAAAAAGUUUCAUACAGAGGUCAGACCUUGCUAAACAUCAGGCAAUCCACACAGGAGAGAGACCACAUAAGUGUUUGGAAUGUGGGAAAAGUUUUAUACGGAGGUCAGCCCUUGUCAAACAUCAGGCAGUCCACACUGGAGAGAGACCCUAUAAGUGCUUAGAUUGUGGGAAAAGUUUCAUACAGAGGUCAAACCUUGUGAAACAUCAGGCAAUCCACACAGGAGAGAGAUCCCAUAAGUGCUUAGACUGUGGAAAAAGUUUUGUAUGGAAGUCAGGCCUUGCUAAUCAUCAGGCAAUUCACACAGGAGAGAGAUCCCAUAAGUGCUUAGACUGCGGAAAAAGUUUCAUACAGAGGUCAUACCUUUUAAAACAUCAGGCAAUCCACACAGGAGAGAGAUCCCAUACAUGCUUAGACUGUGGGAAAAGUUUCAUACAGAGGUCAAAUCUUAUAACACAUCAGAAGAUCCACACAGGCGAGAGAUCCCAUAAGUGCUUAGACUGUGGAAAAAAUUUUAUAUGGAAGUCAGCCCUUGUGAAACAUCAAGCAGUCCACACAGGAGAGAGAUCCCAUAAGUGCUUAGACUGUGGAAAAAGUUUCAUACACAGGUCUGACCUUGUAAAACAUCAGGCAAUCCAUACAGGAGAGAGACCCCAUACGUGCUCAGACUGUAGAAAAAGUUUCAUACAGGGGUCAGACCUUGUAAAACAUCAGGCAAUCCAUACAGGAGAGAGACCCUAUAAGUGCUUGGACUGUGGGAAAAGUUUCACACAGAGAUCACAUCUUAAAACACAUCAGAGAAUCCACACAGGAGAGAGACCCCAUAAGUGCUUGGACUGUGGGAAAAGUUUCAUACAGAGGUCGGAUCUUGUUAAACAUCAGGUAAUCCACACAGGAGAGAGACCCCACAAGUGCUUAGACUGUGGGAAGAGUUUCAUAAGGCGAUCAACCCUUCUUAAUCAUCAGGCAAUCCACACAGGAGAGAGACCCCAUAAGUGCUUAGACUGUGGCAAAAGUUUCAUACGGCAGUCAGCCCUUGUUAGACAUAAAGUAGUCCACACAGGAGAGAGACCCCACCAGUGCUCAGACUGUGGAAAAAGAUUCAUGCAGAGUUCAACCCUUUUUAAACAUCAGGCAAUCCAUACAAGGGGAAGACCAUAAGUGCUUGGACUCUGGGAAUGUUUUCAGAAUCAGAUCAGCCCUUCUAAACAUCAGGCAAAACAAACAUAUUGCUUAGAUUAUGGAAAAACAUUUCAAAUAGAUGUCAGCCCGUGAUUUACAUCAGAGAAUCCACCCAGGGAGACACCCCGUAACUGCUUAGCCUGUGGAAAGAGUUUUAUAUGGAGGUCAAACAUUGUUAAACAUGCAGCAAUCCACAUUGGAAAGAGACCCCAUAAGUUCUUAGACUGUGGGAAACAUUUCAGAAACUGAUCAGUCCUUGUUUUUCAUCAGAGAAUCCACACAAUAACAAGACUCCAUAACUACUGGACUGUAACAAAUAUUUCAGACAGUGAUCAGACCUCAUUAAACGUUGGAGAAUUCACACACGAUCUAAACUUGUGUGACACCUGGCCAGAAAGAGUUAAGAACCUUGCAGGCUAUUUGACCCAGAUUCAACUUUUAAAGACAUGUUCAAAAAAUGUGUAAAUUGUGGCCAUUCCAAGUUAUAUAGACUAGAACUUUGAAAUGUGAACUUGUAUUGUUAAAAACUUGGAAGACAAUAGUAGUGUAGUGGAUUAAUUGCAAUUAACUGAAAAUCAUAAUGGUGUGUAUUAAAAUUAAUCUCAAUGGAUCACAUUGUUAAAUAAUAGAAUACCAAUUGAAAUUUGUUAAAUGUUUUUGGAUGUUAUUCUGCGUUUUCAUAUAUGUUGAUUUCUCUCACAACAAGAAUAGAAAGUGCACAGUGAUCACAAAACAAAAAUAGUAUUUUUCAAUACACCUCAUACAAGUACUGUAGUGCAAUCUCUUUAUCGGGAAAUCUUAUCUGCCAGAGAAAUCCCCUGUGGCUGGCAUUCUCCAUUUUCCUGCUGUGACGUUGCACUCUAUAUGAUUUUAUGAAAGUAUGCUGAUGAGUGUGACUAUAAUGUAACUAAAAUAUGCUUCAUGCAAAAGGUCUCUUGUAAGGUAUAAUGACACAGCUUAUAACCUACUGAGUGUAGUCACCCUAUUUGUAUAAAUGUAUCACUCUAGUAUCUGAAACUAGAAAUAUGAACUAUAACUCUGAGGGCCUAUUGUAAUUAUGCAAAGUGUGGGCCAUUAAUGGUGGUUUGGCAUCUUGAUGGCUCCCAUCAACCAGGACAAUUGACUGUGAAUGGCUCUGUUUGCAGGCAGGCCUUCCUGUGAGUCAGGCUGUGAUGAAUGAAGACUUGGGGUCUUACAAUGACAUGUGAUCAUGUUACCUAAACUGGAAUCCAUCUUUAACCUGGUGUUUUUCCAUUGAGAAGGAGGGGUGGGAACCCAGAGGGACAAAGGAUUCCUGCCUUAUGCAAAAGAUAUAUACCGGUAAGUGGGUGGAACAGAACAAAUGGGUGUGCAAUCAUGAGAAAUCCCCUAGCUACCACCUGAGCUGGAACAAGGGCUGUACCAGGGGAAAGGAUUGUGCCCAGACUAGGAAGGCGUCCAGUGUGUGAUAGAAGCUUAUUGAAACAUCUGAGGGUAAGAUUUAUCUGUAAUCACUUUCUUACUGUAUUAGGUUAGACAUGAGUAUUUUGUUUGAUUUUGCUUGGUAAUUCACUUUGUCUGCUACUACUUGGAACCACUUAAAUCCUACUUUCUGUAUUUAAUAAAAUCACUUUGUACUUAUUAAUUAA